AUGUUGCUUAGUUCCUCUGCUCUCAUCAGCCUUCCUAGCAGCAAUCUCAUCAGCAUUCCUGGCAGCAAUCUCAUCAGCAUUCCUGGCGGCAAUCUCAUCAGCAUUCCUGGUGGCAAUCUCAUCAGCUUCCUGGCAGCAAUCUCAUCAGCUUCACUCAGCUGCAGCUCUGACCUGUGUGCCGCGGAAAGAUCUGGGGUCCCUGACAGGAUCUCAUCAGAUUCUCAGCUCACAUGGCCCCUUAUUCACCAUGCUCCAAAACAUGGCUUCUCUCUCUCCUUCCUGUUCUCUCCAACUCUG